AUGUCUUCCCAACAAUACAAAUUGGUCUGUUUAGGUAACCCAUUAUUAGACCUCCAAACCAACGUUGAUAAAUCGUAUUUGACAAAAUACGACUUGAAGGACAACGACGCAAUCUUGGCCGAUGAGAAACACAUGCCAAUCUAUGAGGAAAUCUUGCAGAAACCCGACUUGAUUCUCGUUGCUGGUGGAGCUGCUCAAAAUACCGCCAGGGGUGCUCAAUACAUCUUGCCUCCUAAAUCCGUCGUUUACUUUGGAUCGGUCGGUAAUGACGUUUACGCUGAACGGUUGAAUGAAGCUAAUGAAGCAUAUGGCUUGACUACAAAAUACCAAGUCCAGCUGGAGUAUGCUACUGGUAAGUGUGCUGCUUUGAUCUAUGACCAUCAUAGAUCAUUGGUUACUGAUUUGGCCGCUGCUAACCAUUUCAAGCCUGAGCAUUUGCAAAAGCCAGAGAAUUGGUCCAUUGUGGAAAACGCCACUCAUUACUACAUUGGUGGAUUCCACUUAACUGUUUCUCCAGAAGCCAUCUUGUUGUUGGGUAAAGAAGCAGCCAAAAAGAAUAAACCAUUGGCACUCAACUUUAGUGCUCCUUUCAUUGCUCAAUUCUUCAAAGACCAAUUGGACUCAGUCUUGCCGUAUGUCGACUACGUCAUUGCCAAUGAGUCGGAAGCAGAGGCGUAUGCCCAAUCACACGACUUGAAAGUCGAUCACAAGGACGUCGUUGCCAUUGCGAAGGAAAUUGUCAAGUUACCAAAGGAGAAUAAACAAAUCCCACGUACUGUCAUCUUUACUCAAGGUACCCAACCAACAGUUACCGUUACCGACUUAGGUAAUGGACAAGUUGACGUCCACGAGUACCCCGUUGCCCCAUUGGCCAAGGAAGAAGUUGUCGACACUAAUGGUGCCGGUGAUGCCUUUGCCGCUGGAUUCAUUGCGUCUUUAGUCCAGGGUGAAUCUUUGGCCAAGGCUGUUGAUGUGGGACAAUGGGCCGCCAAGUUGUCUAUUCAACAAGUUGGUCCAACUUUCCCAUUCCCAAAGCAAACUUAUCAACAAUAA